AUGGAGCUGAGGACUUGGGGCAGCGGGAUCGAGCUCUCCCUCUGGCUCCAGCUCUUCUGGGCUCUCCUUCCUCCCGAGGUGUCUGGGAAAGAAGUGGAUCUACUCGACACAAGCACUGCUCAGGGUGAACUGGGCUGGCUUCCAGACCCUCCAGAAGUAGGGUGGAGUGAAGUGCAGCAGAUGAUAAAUGGUACCCCGGUCUAUAUGUACCAGGACUGCAGUGUGCUUUCCGAGGGUGACACGGAUCACUGGCUUCGCACCAACUGGAUUUAUCGGGGUGAGGCAGCCUCCCGCAUUUACGUGGAGCUGAAGUUUACUGUGAGGGACUGCAAGAGCUUCAAAGGUGAAGUGGUGACCUGCAAAGAGACCUUCAAUCUCUAUUACAUGGAGUCUGAACAAGAUGUUGGGAUCCAGUUCCGCCGCCCGCUGUUCAUCAAGCUCAACACUGUGGCAGCAGAUCGAAGUUUCACAAGCAGAGACAUCGAAUCGGGAGCCAUGCAGCUGAACACAGAAGUGUGCCCCAUUGGGAAGCUGUCUCGCCGGGGCUUCUACUUGGCUUUCCAGAACUCUGGGGCUUGUGUAGCGAUGGUGUCUGUCCGAGUGUAUUACAAGACUUGCCCAGAGGCAGUGCGCGGCCUGGCCCGUUUUCCAGAGACACUAGCAGGCUCAGAGGGGCUGACAGAAGUGCCCGGGGUCUGUGUGGAGUAUGCAGCUGAAGAAGCAGGCUCUCCCCCCAGGAUGCACUGCAGCACUGACGGGGAGUGGCUGGUACCCAUGGGCCGAUGCCUCUGUGCUGUGGGGUUUGAGGAAGUCGAUGGGAGCUGCGUAGCCUGCCAGCGAGGAUUCUACCGUCACACUCUGGAUACUAAAAGCUGCCUGAAGUGCCCCCCCAACAGCUUGUCCAAUGAGCCAGGGGCUACAUCUUGUUCCUGCAAUGCAGGCUUCUACCGGGCACCUUCGGAGGGCCAGAAUGUUGCUUGCACCCGCCCCCCCUCAGCUCCCCGCAAUGUCAGCUUCUCCCUUAUUGGCACGCAGCUCAGUCUGUGGUGGCAGCCACCCAGCGACCACGGUGGGCGAAAGGACCUGACUUACACAGUCUUCUGUCAGCGCUGCCAUUUCCUGUUGUGUGAGCCAUGUGAGGCUGGUGUGGUAUUCUCCCCCAGUGCUUCUGGUCUCACUAAACCUGCUGUGGAUGUGGACGGCCUAGAAGCUUACACCAACUACACGUUUGCUGUGGAAGCCCAUAAUGGUGUCUCAGGAAUGGGACCUGCUCCACAGAGAACUACUCCAGCUCUCUGGGUCGCAGUUGGACAUGCAGCUCCAGUGACAGUAUCCCAAUUUAUUCUGACACAAAGAGAUGACAGUAGUCUUUCUGUUUCUUGGCUUGCCCCACGGCAGCGCAGCCGGACUUCAGUGGAGUAUGAGGUCAUGUUCUUUGAGAAGGGAGAGGAGGCACGUUACACAGUGAAGCACCUUCUUGAGCCAAAUGUCACUCUGACAGACCUGCAGCCAGACACAGCGUACCUGCUUCGCGUGAGAUCCAUCACACCCCUCGGGCCUGGGCCCUACUCCCCGGAGCAGGAAUUCCGCACCCUUCCACCAGACACAGGAGCUCUGUCUGGUGGAGUUGUAGUCUCUAUUAUCUUUGGAGUUCUACUAUUUAUUGGGCUGCUUAUGGGACUUCUCAUCUUUCGGCGAAAGCAGGCUCGUCGGAGACAAGCACGGCCAGAUUACAAUACUUCAGGCUUUGAUCGAGAGAAAGUCUGGUUGAAGCCCUAUGUAGACCUGCAACCAUAUGAUGACCCCAGCAGAGGGGUGCUGGAAUUCACUAAGGAACUGGACGUCUCUUGUGUCACUAUGGAGAAUGUGAUUGGAGAGGGGGAGUUUGGGGAGGUCUAUCGUGGGUCCCUGCGGCUCUCAGGAAAAGAACGUAUCGUGGUUGCCAUCAAGACCCUGAAGCCGACGUAUUCAGACUCACAGUGGUGGAACUUUCUGCGUGAGGCAACGAUUAUGGGGCAAUUCAAUCACCCAAACAUAGUGCGUCUGGAAGGAGUCGUCACCAAAAGGAGGCCAAUGAUGAUCAUCACUGAGUAUAUGGAGAAUGGAGCGCUGGAUACCUUCCUCCGGGAGAAUGAGGAAAAAUUUAGCCCUGUGCAGCUUGUGAGCAUGCUGCAGGGAAUAGCCUCUGGCAUGACCUACCUUUCAGAACAUAGCUAUGUGCACCGGGAUCUGGCUGCUCGCAACAUCCUGGUAACACGCAGUCUUCAAUGCAAAGUGUCUGACUUUGGUCUUUCACGAAUAUUGGAGAAUGAUGCAGAGGGAACCUAUGAAACCAAGGGUGGUAAGAUUCCCAUCAGAUGGACAGCCCCAGAGGCCAUUGCUCAUCGGAUUUUCACCUCAGCCAGUGAUGUCUGGAGCUUCGGAAUUGUCAUGUGGGAAGUGCUGUCAUUUGGUGACAAGCCAUAUGGGGACAUGACCAAUCAAGAGGUGAUGAAAAGCUUAGAGGAUGGGUACCGGCUCCCCCCACCUGUGGACUGCCCAUCUAUCCUCUACGAGCUCAUGAAGAGCUGUUGGUCACACGAUCGGACGAGGAGGCCUCAUUUUCAGGAAAUCCGGGCACAGCUGCAACAUUUUGUCUCAAGUCCCCAGCUCCUCCGUUCUGUUGCAGACUUUGAUCCCAGGGUAACACUACGGCUGCCCAGCUGCAGUGGAUCUGAUGGGAUCCCUUAUCGAUCCAUCCCUGAAUGGCUGGAAUCCAUUCGCAUGAAGCGCUACAUCUCCAACUUUCGCACUGCUGGCCUGGACACCAUGGAGUCCAUUCUGGAGCUCACUGCUGAGGACUUGAAACAGAUGGGUGUGUCACUUCCAGGCCACCAGAAAAGGAUCCUGUGUAGCAUCCAAGGCUUUAAGGAAUGACCAGUCGUU